AUCAUAGGUUAGAAAACUGAGCGUGUGUUUGGGUCACUGGUUGCGACUCCACGCGUCAAAAAAGACAAGACAAUCACCUACUCGGGCAAUAAAAAGUUUAUAUAUAAAUAGUCUAAAUGAGACCGAGUGAGGGAUGGUUUUCUAUCUUAAAUUACAAACUCUGACCGAGCGAGACACCGAAUUUUAAAGCUUGCGUUAUGACAGUGCGCUGUGAGUAAUAGGUGAGGAUAACAGUCCAGACUGUGCUGUUUUAUGGGUAUUUUAUUGUACAUGCUCUCAUUCAACUGGACGCAAGAGCGGAGCCUUAUGCCAUUACGCACAGACCGGGAGCGGGGCUGCAAAUGGGCGGCAUAGGUGGCAACAUUUACCUCAGCAUGUUGAAUGGGACUGAAACGCAAACUUUCGGAAAGAACACCGACAUCAGCAGUCACCUCCACCGCGGCGGCAAGGAUCUAGCCGAGUUUAAAAUGGGGAUUCAGGACGCGAGGUUUUACUACCCAGACUCUGUUCAAAGCGGGCAGGACGCUCUGGCUCUGUCGUACCACUCGGACCAGGCGGUGGGGUACGGAGCGCAGCCCAGCAGGUUUUACGCACCGACCCUCAGCAGUUGCCCGUACGGCGGCGUGCGGUCGCCGCCAAGAAGUGGAGCCGCGCAGGGUUACAUCCCGACGACAGUAGACGGGUUUCCUACAGGCGGUAAAGACUUGUACUCUCCUUCUCCGGAGAAUUACCCGGCGAGCUUUCAGCACGGCUACCAGCGGCCGCCUCUCUACCCUUUACCUGGGCUACAGGUGUGCGGGAAGACUCAGGCACUGCUCAAUAACUACCCGCUGUGGGCCAAGUUCCACAAGUUCCAAACCGAGAUGAUAAUCACCAAACAGGGGAGGAGGAUGUUCCCCUUCCUGAGCUUUAACAUCAGUGUUCUGGAUCCGUCUGCCCACUAUAACGUCUAUGUGGACGUGGUUCUGGCUGAUCAGCACCACUGGAGGUACCAGGGCGGCAAGUGGGUCCAGUGUGGGAAAGCUGAGGGUAACAUGCCAGGGAACAGGAUGUACAUGCACCCCGACUCUCCCAACACAGGAGCUCACUGGAUGAGACAAGAAGUGUCUUUCAGCAAACUCAAGCUCACCAACAAUAAGGGUAGCACCAAUAACGUGGCACAGAUGAUAGUGCUCCAGUCACUCCAUAAGUACCAGCCUCGUCUUCAUAUCGUGGAGGUUAAGGAGGACGGCUCUGAGGAUCCUUUCCUUACAUCCAAAGCUCAGACCUUCAUCUUCCCGGAGACUCAGUUCAUCGCUGUCACUGCUUAUCAGAACGCAGAUAUCACUCAGCUGAAAAUAGACCAUAACCCCUUCGCUAAAGGUUUCCGCGACAAUUACGACACGCUGUACGCUCCCCCUGACUCUGAUCGCUUCACCCCCUCCCCUACAGAGAGCCAGCAGUUGCUGCCAGGGAGCUGCUACCCCCAAGGCUACCUCUCUGAGCAGUACAUGAGCCCCCUGCCCCAGAGCCGCUUCUACGGCCGCGAGGCUAUCGGUAUGGGCCAACAGCACAAAGACCCAUCCUCUAGCCCUGGUCCUCACAGCCGCUGGUACCUGCCACCUCAGCAGGGUGUGGCGCCCAACCGGCUUGACUUCACUUCCUCCUAUGAGGGUGACUUCUCUGGAAACGGUUUCUACAAGACCUUCCCCUUGCAGACAUCCGCUCACCAUGCCCUCAGCUACUACCAAGAACAUCCUUUUGCAUCUACUAGCGUGUCUGUAUCAGGAGCCACCUCAGCGGGCUGGACCACCAGCCGGCCCACUCCACAGUAUCUCAGCCACCCGAGUAAGCCUGCCCCCAGUCUGGGCUGGUUUAGACCCAUAUCGUCCUCUUCUUCCUCAUCAUCUUCUUCCACGUCACCUGGCAACCCCAGGCUGCACCCACCCUCGCUCCUAGAGCCUCUGCAGCCGCCACUGCUGCAGGACAAGCCCAAAGACACUGUGGAGGUGGUGGGAGAGGACCCCUGGCUCGAACCUCCCUCUGUGAAAUCAGCGGCCUCGGCUGACUCAGGCCUGUUUGAGGGCGGCGUGGGGGACAACAAGAAGAGGAGGGUGUCACCCUACACGUCCAGCACUGAAAACUCCCCACCCCCGCGUAGCGGAGAGAUCUGCGAGAAGGACACCAACAGCGAUGCAGACUACUAUGGCUAUUACACCCACUGAUGAGCUCACACAUCACCACAUUCACCACAGUCUCUCCCAGCGUCUUCCCACACCGCCCUCAUGGACACGUAUUAGUCUGUCCAGUCAGGUCAUGAUAAAGGGCUGGAACAGUCUCUGUUUUUGCUGCAGACAAAUACCAGAACCACAUAACAGAAGGUGCAGCCUCAUCUACUGUCACAUCAGUCCACACAGUCUAUAAAGUCUCCUCUCAAAGUGUCAAAUGAUUACAGGUAGGAACUUUCAAGGUUACUGUCAAAGUUAGUGUUGAACACAAGUGGAUGUGACUGGGACACUGCCCUAGAGUCACAUAAACACCAUACAGACAAACAGACCUGUGACUUAAGCCUUUGAAACAUCUGGAGAUUUGGGGAGAAAAAAUGAUCUGCAUAUCUUCUUGUUGACAGACGCCUGCAGGGAUUGUCUGUUCUUACUGCAUCAAACACUCUCUCUGUCUCUUUUGCUCUGUCUUGUCUCUGUCUGUCUCUUCCUUCUCACCCUCAGCCAUUCACACAUACUCUCACAAUAUGCUCACGUUCAUUUCCCCUGAUGAUUCUGAGCAGAAAUUACAUUUCAAACACAGUAUCCUCUCCAAUACGGCCCGAUACAUCUAGUGCAGCUCCCACCAGUGGUGACAGGGGAGCAUUGCAGGCUGACAGUGCAGAGGCCAUGUGUCUUAGUGAACUAAUAAUGUCAGGAGUUUAAGAGAUCUUAGCAAGCACAUGUUCUGUAUGGACGCUAAUCUAACUCAGUCCAGCUAGGACAACCUUUUCUUUGUAUGUGUGUGUGUGUGUGUGUGUGUUAAUGUUAAGUAAAUCAGCAACCACAUCAGAAAUAGCAAGUCCUAUUGGAUUGGAGACAAUCCAACAUAUCUCAGAGGUGUAAAGAGAAAGUGAUGGAAUUAACUCAGCAGCAGAAAAAAUACAGAAGAGCUUGUAUCUGUGAAGUUCUUUAUACAUUUUCGAUCUGGGAUUACAAUUUACAUUUCAUAACAACAUGCUGCCCAUCUGGGUAUUUGCAGGGUAAAGCAAAGUAAUCAAAUCUGUUUGCACUGUAAUGUGAUUAGAUCAUUGCCCUAUAUGUCCAAAACACAGAGACAGUUAACAUCGAAAUGCUGGUUAAUGUGAUAAAAUCAGCAGAUUAAUCAAUAAUGAAAAUCAUCAUUAAAUUCCCAACACAAGGUCCAACUUGUUGUUUCCGAAGCUUUCAGCCACAUCUCAUGGCCCUCUUCAGUGGAUGGAGUUGCCUAGUUGUCAUGGAGAUGAUCUAGUUGUUAUCAGGUGACCUAAAUUUGGAAGUCACGUCAGUCACGUGAUAACAAGUGGUCAUAUAUGGGGUGAGAUGUUUGAAGAUGGCUUCUGGCGCCGGAUGUGAAUGUCCUCCUCGAUCUCUCUCUGACUGUACUGACUCACGUGACUCCUGGUCGAUGUCCUUUGACCUCUCCCCAGUCGAUGCUGUAACUGGUUUUGGUCUGAUGUUUAGACAGUCUCUACUGGAAGUCAUUCAUGGUGUUUUACUCCGUUGUUCACAUGAAAAGUGACAGAAAUAGUUGCGUCCAUACCACUGGCUCCUUUCUCACGUCCUCACGGCUGGCCAAUCACGGUGUGAAGCGGGUGUGAAUUCCAGAUUGUUGGUUUCAGAAAGUUACAGAAAUUGUCCCCUGGAUCCAACAUAGUAAAGGUGUGGGAGAAGGGGGUUUCCGAAGCUAUUCAACCAUCCGACAAGCAGUUCUGACGAAGCAUAAUGGCAGCUUUAAAGCAUACUUCACAAACCUUUUGACGUGAUGAGAUUGCAUUUUCUGAACAAGCUGUUUUGAAUUGCCCCUCGCUGGGAUGUCACAAGUUGAAAAACUAGUGAUAUUCAGUAUCUCACUUUUCUAAUUCUGGAUCAGGUCUGUAAACUGCUAUAUAUGGUCCUAAAACAUGAUGUGUCAAGUGAGGGGGCAGGAGCCGGCAGUACUACCAACCCAUUAGUGUAGUAGUUGAAGAUUAAUGCUCUUGGAGUAGAGGUGGAUGUAGAGCAAAUGAUGUGAACUUCUGGUGAAAAAACCUCACUGUGUGUUAAAGACAUUCAGUAGUCACACCAAUUUGACACACAAAUCGGGAAAUCCCAUCCCAUUUUAAGGCAUAGCUCAACCUCUUCUAUUGCAUUAGCUUUAAGGUAAUUUAAAGCGAUGGAUAACUCAUGUAAAACAUUUGUACAUCUGAGCACCAGGCGUAAACAAGGCCAGCUGGACACUGCUUGCUUUGAUAGAGUGAAAAAAGUCUCACUAUAAUGAAGUCCCAGCCCCCUGCUACAAUCAGUCGAUGUGAAAACGCUCCUGUCACCACUUGCAGAUAAAGCCUGAGAUCAAUACCAGCAUCAAUAACGACAUAACUGGAAAACAGUAUUGGCAGAGACACACACACAAACUGCCCCCACUGUACAUGGACAAAAUGUUGACCACAUUGCAGUAUUCAGAUUAGACUCAAUUCAAUAAGAGUCAAUUUCCCACUGUGACUUUAGCUUUACAGCAUCUUAAUCUUGUUUGUUUAAAUUACAGAAAGGAUGUGUGAGACUUCUGCAUGUUCUUUCCUCUGCUGUGGUGCUGCCUGCAGGUUUUCCUAAACAAUUCCUGUACAGUAGGAGCAGAGCAACAGUGCUGCAGACGUGCAGCUGCAGACAUGUAAAAAGUGGGUCAUUCAGAAUGUCAACAUACACCUGUAAGUAAACAGACGAGGCACUGUCACGAUAGAAACAGGAAGCACAAAGUGACCAGACAGACACAGAAUUUCCCCCCUAGUCUUCGGGCCUAUCAUGUUGUGACACUGGUUGACAGAGGCCCGGCUCCCAGCCUGGUGACAGAAAUGAAGAGUGAGGCUGCAGUCGGCGCUGAUCAGAGAUCUGCUCCUCAUUCCUCACCAGGUGUGCUAAUGGCCUUGGACAACACUGGGGGCGACGGACAGGCACUCACUCGGUGCAGUGCAGGGUUACUGAAGUCUUUUCUUAGGGAGAGAUGAAAUUAUUUCCAUAUAAAUCUGAUAAAUAAAUCUGCACUCUUGAAAUACCCCAAAUGAGCUGAUGAAAAUGGUACCAGCGGUCUACGCUGAAUACACAAUUGUAUAUUUACUAUGCUCUAAUUUUUAAGAUCUAUCUCCUAUAGUGAGAACAACCAGACAACAAACGAUUGACAUUCAGAGUCUAUUUAAAGGUCCAGUGUGUAACAUUUAGGAGGUUUUCAUAAUCACCUGAAAAUAAGAAUCGUGUUUUCGUUACCUAAGAAUAAGCCCUUUAUUUCUACAGAGGGAGCGGGUCCCCUUCCACGGAGGUCGCCAUGUUGCACCGCCAUGUUUCUACAGUAGCCCAGAAUGGACAAACCAAACAUUGGCUCUAGAUAGCUCAUUUAUAGUGAGUUUUGCAGCCACCGUAGUUUCUCCUACAUGUAUGGAACAGGAGGGUGAGGCUAAUUUCAGCGCUAGAUGCCACUAAAUCCUACACACUGGACCUUUAAAGAAUAUAGUUUGACAUUUUGGGAGAUAGAUGAGGAGACUGAGACCACUCUCAUUUUUCUAUGCUAAAAAUGGGGCUAGAGCCAGGAGAUCGUUAGCUUAGCUUAGCAUAAAGACUUGAAGCAGGGGCAAACAGCUAGCCUAGCUCAUCAAUUCAAUGUUAUUUAUAUAGCACCAAUUCAUAACAGAAGUUAUCUCAUUGCACUUUUCCUAUAGAGCAGGUCUAGACCGAACUCUUUAUAAUAUUAUUUACAGAGACCCAACAAAUCCCACCAUGAGCAAGCACUUGGCCACAGUGGCAAGGAAAAACUUCCUUUAAGAGGCAGAAACCUCAGCCAGAACCAGACUCAGUGGUGGACGGCCAUCCGCCGCUGCCAUGUUAGGUUGAGAGAGAGAGAGAGAGAAACUCCUGCCCCAAAUUGUAAUUUUUACACUUCAGUUUUUGUACAGAUUAAACAAGAUGUAAACUGUUAAUGUGUGAGCUUAGAGGUGCUGUUAGCCAGGUUUUGUUAGCUUUGAACAGAGCCAGGGCUACGGCCCUGUUUGCCUUAUUAAGGUUUCACAUGUCAACACAAGAUUUAAGCUCUUUUCUGAGCUAAGCUGAUUUUAUACAAGCAUUGUAAAAAGACUGGGACUUACAUUGGAGCCAUUGGAACUUAAAGACAAUCACAAACAUGAUGCAUAUACAUGUGCAGCACUUGGCAAAAUGGUCUUAACAAUGAUGUUGAUGCAAAAAGGACAAACUGUCUGACAGUUCAGUUCUUUACCUGAACAUUUAAAUAACAAAGCCAAAUGCUAAUGAAGUGUUAAUUUUAUGCUGAAAACAGAACGGAUAUAUUGUAUGAUCAAUUGAUGAAAAAAUAUGUAUAUUGCUUGUUUAACAUUUCCAAAAGAUGUUUUAUUUAAUGUUUAUGUUGACAUCUAUCAGAGAAAAAGGUGAUGCUUCUUAAUGUACCUUAAUGAAGGUGUACAAUGGACAAUUCUUGUUUUAAGUGCAAUUAAUAGAAAGUAAAUUAGUUUAGAGUUAAUGAUGAAAAUGCAAAAACAAUGAGAGCAAAGUUUCAUGUGAUCACAGGCCUGUGGCCGAUGUCAGUUAUUUAUUUUAUGUGCUGUGGUUUGUUAUGUGGUUCACUCAGUGAUCUUGCACCUACAUGAGUGCAAGAUCUCACUUCAAACAGCAGCAGAAAAAUGCUUUCAGACACCUCAGGGACGACCCCUGCUGGAUAUCUCAGCUAUUACAAUCAAGUACAGCCAAUCCCUGAUGUUUAACCUCUAAUACCUCCAUUUCCCAUUAGUCUGUUUCCCUUGAACACACAUUUCCCUCAGUAAGAGAAUAAGACUGUGUGGGAAGUGUAUUUCCAGAGAGUUUACUGUAUGAUAUAGAAAUAGAGGCAUGAAGAAGGGAGACCAGAAUAGGUGAAGCAACAAGCAUGUUAUUUUUUGUGUGUGAUCCGUGUGCACUAUUUAUGUCAAGGGAGCUAUACUAACUCCUUUGAUUCUUUCAUUAAGAGCAUAUAAAUUGGGAUGCAUAAACAAAAAAGAGGAAGGGGAAAUCUGUUAUUUAUUUUUAAGUUGGCAUAAUUGUGUAUUGUACUGUUGUUUUUUUAUUCUUGAAAUUAAAGCUUACACAUGACAAAUCUG